AUGAGAAAAAUUUUCUAUUAUGGAGUGAGAAAUCAGAAACUAAAUCAGAGUCUGAGGGAAAAUAUAAAACAGACUCAGGUUAUUACUAAUAAAUUGAGAAUAUCUUCUACAAAAAAUAUUCCGCAACCUAUCAAUGAGGAUGCUAAAUAUAACCGGACAAAAUCUGAAGAAUCAGAGAUUCAAUACUCUGCAUCACCCUCUGCAAACUCUUUAUUGGAAGAUGAUACAUCUAAACAAAUGCCAGAAGACACAUCUGAUAUAUCUGAUAUCACUUCAAAUUCUGGCGUACAGACGCAAACGAAACCCUUAAUUUCAGCUGAGAAUUAUGAAGAUAUAUAUUUUGAUAAUGAUCUCAUACUUCAGUCAGUGAAAGAAAUAAAUGAAGAGAUUGCUUCACAAUUAGAUAGGAUAUAUGAUGAUAGUAACUGA